AUGGACAUUUCAUAUGAACAUGAUGAAGAUGCAGAAGAAUAUAGUAUUACCAUGAUUACAGACAAACAUAAAAAAUUAAAACCUGGAACUAAAAAACAAUGUGAAAGCAAGACAGAUGAACUAAAAAACAAGAAGCAAGCUCUGCGCAUGCAGAAAUGCAGAGCUUUGAGAACAUUAAAAAAAUGUGCAAGUAAAUUGGAUAAGCAAACAAUUGAGCCAGUGGAAAUUCUAUUUGUAAUGAAAGAAGUAAAGAAAAACAGGUUUAAAUAUUUUGGUACUGGUUCCUUGCUGAAAAAACUAGAAAGUGGAAAAGCUAUCAUGGAUUUGACUGAAAAACACAAAAAAUUGAAGAUUGAAGAGAAAGAAACCCUUGAAAGUACAGAAGCUUUCACUGAACAUGAUGAACUGACACCAGGGGAAUAUCCCUUCAGUUUCAGCACAAGUUUGGCUGAAGAUCAAAGAAAUAUGCUGGCUGAGGUUAAGGUGGAACCUUCAUCUUCAACGCCAGUUGCUCUAAGCAACAACAUGAUUAGAAAUGAGCCAGCCGAGAGGAACAUUGUUCAGAAUUUCAGAAGCAGAGAUGAAAUUUCAGAGUCUGAGUCUGUUCUAGACUCGGAAAGUGAUUCAGAGCCUGACUCUGAUCUGUCUGAAAUACUUGCCCCUAUGGACAGCAUGACAGAUGAUGAAAACCUUCAGUCUUGUCGAAAUAUGAAACGAGGGAGAGGUAGAGCUAGAGCCAAAGGUGGUCACAUCAGAGGUGCUCGCAGCAGAGGUGGUGGAGGUCAGAGGCGUGGUAGUGGAAGGGGAAAAACCAAGUAUUUGCCAAAAAUUAAGUUCACCAUGGGUCAUAGACGAAAAUAUAAUCAUACUUUAGGACCGGUAACAUCAGAGACAAAUGCAGCGCAGGAUCUUAUGCCAUUUGCAUGUGGACUGUGUGAAGAGACAUUCAACAGUAUGAAGAAUUUUUAUGAACAUUUUGCAGUACAUAAGGAAGUUACAAACAAGUAUUUUCACCUCUGUAGACCAGGUGCAUUUCACAUUGACACAGAUGAAACCAGUCCAUUUGUAUGUGAUUCUUGUUUUGUGGCAUUUCCAACCAUUUGCCAGCUGCACAUACAUAUUGAAAAUAAUCCACAAGUAGAAGAAUACAAAAUUGUUAUGGAAAACAGGAGAGCAUAUCCAACACCUUUUGUCUGCAAUAAUGCAACACCAAAGAGUUCUGGUGUAAACAUUGAGGACAUUAAAGAAGAAACCUGUUUUGUUAAGUUAGAAGAUUGUCUACAAGACGUAAAUGAAUCAUCAACUGUUACGGUUGAUUCGUAUUUGCUUGAAUGCAAUGAGAAAAAGGACAAUGAUGAUGAUGAUGAUACUGUAGGUGAUGACUUUGAAAAUACUGAUUCAGAACAGGUGGUCGAUAUUCGAAUCAAGGUUGAAAGUGAAAAUGUAGAAGCCCCACAGAUGGACAAUACAAAAAGCAUUGAAAGAAAACAUGAAAUGGUACCGACAGUGAAUGAAAAUGAGGAUGAGAAAAGUGGUGUCAUAUUUAAUAUAGAAAACGUUAUUGGAAACGUAACACCAGACUUAGACAUUUUUACAGAGAGUGAAAAACCACAAAACCAAAAUAUGGAGAAUUGUAUAGUGUCAGUUGAUAGUUUGGAGUCAAUCAAACAGGAGCAAAAUGGAAAACAGACAAUAGGCAUGGAUAAGCAACUGUCUGAAACAGCAAAUGAAGGACCUGUUGGUAUAAUUGUUGCUACAAAAGAGGAAGUUCUUGAAAAUAUGAAACAGAGUAUGGGUAACAUAGUGAAGAAAACAUACCGUUCCAGGUCAACUAGUAAUAAAAGGAAUUACCCCAGGAAACACUGUGAGAUUUGCUCAAAGAACGUAUUACAUUCAGAAUAUGAGUCUCAUAUGAAAACCGAACAUUUACAAGGCGAGGAAGUAGAGAUGCAAAAAGACAAUGUGGAUGAAGAUAUGUCUGGUAUAAGACCGAGAAGGAAAAGAAAUAUCAAUUUUGUACAGUAUGCUGACAGCGAUGUUGAUUCAGGGGAUGAAGACAAAGGAACUGUUGAGGAACAGAAAAAAGAACUGGAAAGAAGAUUAAUGCAGAAAAAAGCAAAUAAUAUACCUAAAAAGAGAAAGGAGAGUGAGGGUUUUGAAGAAAGUGCUUUUGAAGUUUCAGGAUCAGAAAAAAAUGAAACAGAUAUAGCUACAGAUAAUGUGUCUCCAAAAUCAGAAUUAGAUAUUGUGUUUGAGAAUGCAAUAGAGGAAUUAAUAAUGGGAAAGAAAAACACACAAUUUAAUAUUUUUGGAAUGACGUUUUUACUAACUCCACAAAGGUUAAUGCUCUUUUGCCGUGUGUGCGGUUUGAAGUAUGAAAUAGGGAGAUACAAGUCUCACCUAAGAGAAAAUCAUAAGUCACAAUAUAGAGCUGAUAAGGAAGUCCUCGAACAAAUAGAGUUAGUGAAACAAAAGAGCAAAAAGGUAAAAAUCAAACGAUUUCAGAAAAAAGGAAAUGAAGAUGUAAAAGAGGAAGAAAACUUAGAUGAACAUACAAAAGCGAAAAGAGCAAGAAAUGAGCGGGAAAGUUUCCUCAGAAAUGAAAUCUAUAGAGAAUCCAUUGACUAUGAUUGGGACUUAGUACCAAAACGAAAGAAAAAGAAACAGAUAAUAUCUGGACAAUAUUACGAGGCUUGUAAAAUAUGUGGGCUAAGAGUUAGGAGACAUCUUCUUCAAAAUCACUUGGCACAACACAAUACAGAAGAGGGAAAGAAAAAAUACAGUCCUGAAAACUUAAUUCAGUGCAAAAAGUGCACCAGAGUAUGUUUAAAGUCAUCGUUUGUAAGUCACACAUGCCACAAAGAUCUACUGAUGCAGAAGAGAAGAGAAGAAAGACCAAAGAGGAGGAAAGGUAGAAAAAAGAUAAUGGAAGUGUUCAGCGAUGUGAACUUUGGAGAGGAGCCGACAAAGAAGAUUCUUCCGGCUUCUAUGAUUUGUGAGGUGUGUGGUAAAAUGAUAGAAAGAGGACAAAUAAAGAGUCAUAUGAAAGAUGUACAUUUUGAAGAAGGGACAUACCCUUGUGAGAAAUGUGACAAGAUAUUUAUCACACCAGUGCGGCUGAAAAAUCAUACAAAAGUUGCGCAUGAGACAGUAAAAGACGUGCAUUGUGACCAGUGCUUAAUGACGUUUAUCAGCCAGGGUGCGCUGAAACAGCACUAUCAGACACAUUUAGAUGAAAGACCAUUUAAAUGCGACAAAUGUCCAAAGACUUAUAAAAAGAGUAGCGCACUUAACAUGCAUGUUCGGUAUGCCCAUGAAGAUGCUCCACCAAUGUUUCUUUGUGGAAAUUGUGGAAAAUGCUUCAAGGAAAAAUCAAGAUUGAACACUCAUAAAAGAAUUGAGCACCUUGGCAUCAAAACAUGGGUGUGUUCGUGGCCUGAUUGUAACUAUAAUUCAGCAUACAGUAACCUUCUGCGGAGACAUAUGUGUUCUCAUACAGGGGAGAAGCCCAUGUCAUGUGACCAUUGUGAAUGCAGAUUUGUUCAACCUCAGGAGUUACUGGCACACAUGAAGAGCAGACAUAACAUUUACCAAUUGCCUCCAUCAAAGAAAUUUCCAUUAACAUUCAAAACAUAUGAGAAAUACGUUUUCGUCGUCAACCCAGAGGAAACUAAAGAAAGAAAACGGAAGUCCAUUAUGUUCCAAGCUGCUAAUGAAAAACAUGACUGCGAAAACUUUGAAGAAAAUAAUAGAAUAAAAGAUGACCAGGGUAUUACAAGUGACGGAGUACAGAGUGGACAAAAUAAGAAUUUACAAGGGGACCAGGGUAUUGUAAGUGAAAAAACACCAUGUGAUAGUCUGCCAGUGUCAAAAAGUGUAAACACUAAAGCAGAAGAGGGUUUUGUUACUUAAGAAACUUCUACUAAUAUUCUUCCUGUAUCUGACAAUAAAAUGUAGUUACCAGAUUCAUGGCAGUGAUGUUCCUGAAAUAAAUGAUGUUGCUACAAAAUCUGCACCAGUUGACCAGAUACCUGUGUGAUUUGCUCAACAUAGGUAAUGUUGAUGUAAAAUGUUCAGCAGCUGGCCAUAUUUAUACCUGAGCAGUAGGAAUAUAGGCAUAAUAUAUCUGGACAAAGUGAUUUCAGUUUUCAGGAACAUUUUACAUGAUUACUGAACACUUUUGAUCAGGAUUAUCCAUAUGAAGGUUAAAGUGAUGAAAUGUGACAUUUCACAUCGCUGAAUCAUAACACAAAGCUAAUACAAUAAUUACUGAAAUCAUGAAUCUUGCUAUUAUGUAUAUUUUAUAGACAUGUAGUUACUUGAAGGUUUAAGCUAUUGUGUUGAGAAUAAUGCAUAAAGAUGGUUACAGCUUUUCUGCUUGCAGUGUUUUUGGGGAUGAUGUUCCACAUAAUCCUACCAAAAGUCAAACAAAACCUGCCAGAGCUUCCACUUUGCAAGUUUUAUUUGAUUUCGUGUUUUCAUGCAUUUCAUAUCUUAACAAUACGUGGGGCCUCCAUGGCUGAGUGAUUAAGGUUUCUGAUUUUGAAUCACUUGCCCUCACCAGUGCAGGUUCAAGCCUCACUCCCGGUUUUGAAUUCUUCAUGUGAGGAAGCCAUCCAGCUGUCAUAAAGAAGAUCAGUGGUUCUACCAAGAUGCCUACCUCCAAUGCAUGAAGGUGUACUUCUGGAAUAUCAUUAUAUAACCUAUGACUGUGUUGUUGCGACGUUAAACCCAACAAAAAUAUAUUUAAAAAAAACAUUCUCAAUAAUAUGCUUUAUUGCUUUUGCGUUUCAUGUUACAAUAUGUUAAAACUUUGUGAUUUUUAUUUUAGCUUAGAUAUAAAAAAAUACCUAUAUACAUGUUAUUUAUUAUUUUAUAAUAUCAUUUUCAUUGUUAUAGUAGCUAUUUUGUAUUGUAAUGUUGACAAUAUACUUUUAAGUUGGUUGUUUGGAAUAAUUGUUAAAUUGAUAAGUUGUAUUGAUGUUACAAAGAUCGUAUGUAAAAUGCCAAAUAAUUUAGCUUCGUGAAAUUAUAUGCCUUAAUUAGAUCAUAGAUGUACACGUAUUUAAAACUCUUUGAAGCUUAUGUACUCUAAAUACAAUGUAGAGCUGAAAAAUUAAAAAGAAUCACUAACUACUUGA